UGCCUUCCGCGCAGACCGAGCAGACUGCCGCAGCGACUCAUCCUAUCGAUAAGGUUCAGUUAGCCAAGGUGGAGGAUGGGAAAAGAAUGGAACUGUCCCAGCUACUCAAUGAGAUCAGGGCAAACUAUGAAAAGAUCCUCACCAGAAAUCAGAUAGAGACGGUGCUCUCAACAAGGAUCCAGCUAGAAGAAGACAUAAGCAAAAAAAUGGACAAAGAUGAAGAGGCUUUGAAGGCAGCUCAAGCAGAACUCAAGGAGGCCCGACGCCAGUGGCACCACCUGCAAGUGGAAAUUGAAUCUCUCCAUGCUGUGGAAAGGGGCCUUGAAAACUCCCUACAUGCCAGCGAGCAGCAUUACCAGAUGCAGCUGCAAGACCUAGAGACUGUGAUUGAAGGACUAGAAAAAGAGCUACAGGAAGUAAGGCGCGGCAUCGAAAAGCAGCUUCAAGAGCAUGAGAUGCUUCUCAACACGAAGAUGAGGCUGGAACAAGAAAUAGCAACUUAUCGCCGCCUCCUAGAAAAAGAAGAAAUCAGAUAUUAUGGUUGUAUCCAAGGUGGGAAAAAAGACAAAAAGCCUACCACAAGUAGAGUUGGUUUUGUUUUACCAUCAGCCAUUAUAAAUGAAAUAUCUUUUACUACAAAAGUCCCACAAAAGUAUGAGAAUGAAAAUGUAGAAACAGUAACCAAACAGGCAAUCUUAAAUGGGAGUAUCGUUAAGGAGAGCACUGAAGCUCAUGGCACUAUUCAGACAGAGAAAGUGGAUGAAGUUAUUAAAGAAUGGGAAGGUUCUUUCUUUAAAGAUAACCCUCGAUUGAGGAAAAAAUCUGUUUCUCUUCGAUUUGAUCUUCAUUUAGCAGCCACUGAUGAAGGGUGUUUAGAGACUAAGCAGGAUAAUCUACCAGAUAUAGAAGUCAGGCUUAUCAUGAGAAGAUCAUGCAGUAUUCCCUCUAUCAAACCUCCAUCAACAGCUAAUUAAUCCAAAGAUAGUAUUUGACUUGAUUGGAAAAUGUUAGGAUGGACCAAGGUGGGCCAUACCAACUCCCUCUGUCCCAAAAUGUAAGUUAUUACGUAUGUAUGGAAAAUGUUAUGAUCAAUAUGUGGUUCUCUUCAGAAGAAAAAAACAAUAAAGGACAUUUCUCUGAAUCUAA